AUGUGUGCGAAGACCAUUGAAGGUUACCGCUGUCAGAUCACGACACCCCCCCGCCACGUCACGUCGGCAUCCUGCAUUCUCUACCCUCUAACACUACUUUGUCCUACCCUGGCCUGCCCCGAACCCUUCGAGCCGCUCAUUUUCUUUCUUUCUUUCUUUCUUUCUUUCAACGCUUCUUUUCUUUCUUUCCUUUUCUUUCUUUCGUGCUGUCAAUGCCACUUUUCUCUCUCGUUUUCUUCCUUUGUUUUCUUUCUUUCUUUUCUUUCUUUCUUUCUUUCUUUAAAUGUCUUUUCUCUUUUGUUUCGUUUCGUUUCGUUUUUUCUUUCUGUGCUUUUUUCCUUUUCGUUUCCCUCCUUCUCUCUACAUAUAUUUUUCCUCUUUCCUUUCUCUCUUUCUUUUCCUCCUUUUUUAUCUGCGUCAUCCCUUCCCUCUCGACUCUAUCUAUCUAUCUAUCUAUCUAUCUAUCUAUCUAUCUAUCUAUCUAAUUGUGCCCACAACUAUCUCAUUCUGUUCAUAUCUAUCUAUCUAUCUAUCUAUCUAUCUAUCUAUCUAUCUAUCUAUCUAUCUAUCUAUCUCAUUCUGUACAUAUCUAUCUAUCUCAGUCUGUACAUAUCUAUCUAUCUAUCUAUCUCGGUCCGUUCGUAUCUAUCUAUCUAUCUAUCUCGGUCCGUUCGUAUCUAUCUAUCUAUCUAUCUAUCUAUCUAUCUAUCUAUCUAUCUAUCUAUCUAUCUAUUCUAA